CUUUUCCUCAUUGGGCCUGGUGCAGGUGCCUGUUGGGUAAGCAGAGGGUGAGCGUUUCCCACACCACCCAAAAAGGUCAGUGGGCCCUGCCCCAAGCUUCUUGCAGCAGAGAAAUAAGAUAGGAGGCAAGCCUGGUCCCAGCUCUGCCUUGUUGCCUCUCCACAUGCUCAUGGCCUCUCCUAGCCUGGUGCUAAGCAGGGUCAUGAGUCUGGACCUGGUGGGAGAUUAACUCUUAGCAUGGGGGCACUUCAGGUCUGGGAAAGGAGAGGGAUUAGAGGCCCAAGGUAACCAACAGGAAGGGGCAGCUGCCAUCCUUGACAGAUCCCCUCUCCUGGGAGCCCAUGAUAGAGGUAGUCAGGAGCCCUAGCUGGAAAAGCAGCCGGGAAGGGGGCCUAGGCAUCCCUGGCCUGUGGCAAGCCCCAGCUUCAACCAGCAGCCUCCAGCUUCCCUGGCUUCACCUCCCAGCCCCUCCCCGACACACAUGCACUGAACACUUCUGGCACCAAGUCCGCCCACUGUAGACUCUGGCUGCAGCUAGUGUGGGAGCCUGGGGGUACUGGGAGCAAAGUCUCAGAUGAAGGAAAAGCAGCAGCUACAGGCAUAUGGUGCCACCUAGCUUUCCCAGAGGAGGUCAGCAGGGUACUGGGAGCUAGGGUACCAUGAGCAGAGUAGCCAGAUGUUACCCAGACUGAUAACGGAAGGCUUUAAGCAUUCUGUCUGCUUCCCCACACACAAGCCCCUUUGGCCCUCCACAACUCCCAAGUGGGAAUGGUGGGCGUUAGCCCCACUUGGCAGGUGAGAAAAUAGAUCCGGAGAUGCAGUGAAAUACUCAGCAUCACAGUGUGGGACCAUCAGGACUGAAGUGCAGGGUUCUUUGCCUGGUAUGUGUUUCCAAAAACAAGGCCCAGCUUACAUUUAGAGAGUUCAGGUGUCCCUAGUCUGGCCAGGAGCAGUGGAAACAGAGAAGAUCCCUAUGCCCUGUGCAGCAGGGUCUGCACACAGGAGCUGGUUGACCUGCCUUUAGCUGUGUCAGCCAUAUCACAGCGUCUGCCCAGAUCUUUGCUUACAAGCCAGGCAGAUAAUUCCUCUAUCUGCUCAGACCAGAGACUCCCAGUUAGGAUGGCUGUAAGAGGCGAGGCCUUUGAGGGCCACAGUGAACUAGCCAAGUUCUCGUGCCCAGCCUCAGCUGCCAUCUGCAGUCACUGGGCCCUGGCCAUGUGGCUGCCCCUGCUGCCGGGAGCCAUGCUUGGGGCCACGCUGUGCCUACUGGGAGAGUGCGGAGCCUUGGUCCUCAUCCCCUGCCGCACCUUAGGUUUCAGGUGGCCUCUGGCCCUGAGACUGGCCAGCUGCCUGAGCCCCUCAGCAGAGGACCUACAGCGGGUGGCCUCCCCCCUCCUCCACACCACACUGCUACCACCAAUCCCCAGUGUCCAACGGGCAGCCAACUGGGUGGAAACACACUGGGGAAACAGGAGGCUUUUUGGCCUGACAAGUAAUACUGCUGUAGGGCCCGUGCCAUGGCUGACUCGGGAUGAUGUCCGUCGGGUGCUGGAUGCAAACACACUGGGACCCAUCAGGGUCACCCUUGCCCUGCUGCAGGCCCAGGGUCACCUGGCAGCCAGUGGUGGGGUCCACUGUGUGUCCAAGUUUGGCCUGGAGACCUUCUCUGACAGUCUGAGGUUCAUCCUCAUCUGUUGUCAGAAUGAAAAGACCUGCUUUGUGGAUGUUGUGAGUGAAAUGAGGGGUGUAAGUCUGGCUUCUUCCAAACCCACAGCAAACCUGAAGAGUUUGGGAGAUGCCCUGCAGGCCUGGGCACAGCUCCCUCCAGCCAUACAGGGCCACUGUGGGGAGGCCUUCCUCACCAGGUGGAGUAACUGGGCCCACACAGGGGAGCAUGAAGGGCAAACCCACCACGGCCCAGGCUAGGAAGCCAACCUGCUUUGGCUGCCAGCCUCCUACCUACCUGCCAGCCUGGGUGUGCUCACCUGAGUCCUUCCCAUGCCUGCCCAGGCCAUCUGCUGAACCCAGCCUUCCAACAACUGUUCCUCAAGAGCAAGGACUUCACUGCUGUUCCCCACCCUGGUACUACCUGGUGCCUGACAGAACAAGCACUCAAUAAAUGUGUACUGCUAAAAAAUUCCUAAAAAGGAGAAAACACCCAGUGGGAAAUUGACACCAUUUAAGUGCUAACUAUCCCAGGCUGAGUGGCCCAGGGGCUCUGGCCUGUUUAGUGCUUGCAAAACAACUAGUGCCCACUGGGGGGGCGCAAGGGCACUGCCUUGCAUCUGUACAAGAUCUUUGAUGCAGCCCCUGGAGAAUGGCCACCAGGGGGCACUGUUGGACGUUUCCUUUAUUUUUGACGUGCACUAAAGCUGCAAUUAAGUAUUUGGAGUGGAAAUGGCCUUUACUUUUAUUCCGAGGGAGGGAAGUUGGUGAAGAGGGCUCAGGACCAGGCUGGGUGGUUUCCAUGGGAAAAAAACGGCAAUAGCCACUUAAAUUCUCCGAUUAUCCAGUGUAAGUCAAGAAACAUGGACACUGGCCACACAGAUGUCAAAGCAACUUACUACCACUCUGAGAGGAGACAGGCACCCUUGGUAGGGGAGGAGCUGGUAGGCAGAAGGCCAGGGAGGACAUGUCCACUGUAGACAUGGACUGACCUCUCCCAAGUAGGGCCUCUGUGGGAAAUCCCUUGACUUUCGGAGGAGAUGGCUUAGUGAGCAUUGCAGGAGGGAACCUGGCAGCCCACGACUAGGAGAUAAGGAGGGCAGUGAGUCACAGCCCCCUUCAAACCCCAUUCACUGCCAGCCCAGCCAAUACUUGGAACACAAUCUGCCU